AUGCUUCGUCCUACUGCCCCAAUCCUCAGCCAGCCUGUACACCAGAACCCCUCGCCUCGUCGUUUCAAGACUGAUUCCUCGGAUGGCCUUGCUCAGCAUUUCUUCAUAAGACGAAGAAGUACAAGACGCACUUCUAGAGCUGGCGGCAGGACCCCUCAGAUAUCAAAGGCAGACGCAAGUGGCCAAGGGGCUCCAAAGCCUCUUGAAGCCACCCCUAGCCGACAGCAUCGCAUGCCUAACGAGAAGGCAACAACAGAGACAGAGACAAAUAAUGGCAGCGCCCCAGAGAAAGACUCGCAAACCAUGUCUGUGGAGGGCGUGCUGGUGCCAGGCUCAGCGCCAGGCCAGAUGCCUCCAAGUGGGCAUCCGGCCUAUGAAUAUUCAACUGUUCCUCCGCAGCAACAUGGUGGCGACAUGAUCCAUCAUCCAAGCCAUCCGGUAUUGCCUAGUAUAUAUCCUCCUCCCCCUCCUCCGCCGCCGCAAGGAGGUUGCUAUCCAUUACUUCAUAUGGUUCCCUACCAAAUGGUUCCUAACCCGAUAGAUCAACCACAACAACCAAAUCAUUUUGCUUUUGCUUUUCCGGUCGCUUAUUGGCCACAUAGAGACUUUCCUGGUGGAAAUCCCGGCUCUCAGAUCGAUCAACAGAACCCUGAUCCUGAUCGAGAGCAGGCGGACCCCAGAAGUUUCGGCCCUCUGACGCACAGUUAUCCUUAUUUGAUGCCAUAUGUACAGAUGCCAUAUAUGCCAUCCCAUAUUUCUGAAGAGCACGCUUGCUUCCCGAAGAAUAUCGAUGAGAAAAGAGUAGAUCAAAAAAGCCGUAUAAUCGAGUUCUCUGACGAUAGGGCUCCCGAUAAUGAUGCUAAAUCAUCCAUUCAUUAUCAUCAGAACUCCAGAGAUAGAGCGAAGCCUCCGUCAGUUGUCGACGGCCCGCAAGCUAAGAGAAAGGCUGGCGAACAAGACUGGCAGCGGUUACAGCAAUCCCGCCAGGUGCCUCUCGGCCCUCAGCAACGUCAUAGCACCUCAGAUCAGCCAACUCAGCAAAUCGCUCGGUAUCCUACGAUGCAGUCAGCGAAUGUCAUCACCAGUCCAUCGUCUAGAUUCUCGCGAAGAAGCCAUGUUCCCCAUAGACCUACCAAGAUUCAGACUGCAACCUCAACCGAAGUAGCAUCGUGGUCACAGUCGAAGCGAUGGGUGAGCUCAGAAAGCAAAGAGCGCCGAGCAUUUCAGAAGAUGGUUCUCAAUCUUCAAUUCAUGAAGGCUGACCAAUCGCCUUUUAUCCCAAAGACUCCCGCCGAGUUGACCAAAUUCAAAAUCUCCCUAGCAGAGGUUAAAUGGCAGAAGCUCACCACAGAGGUCAAGCUGCUCGAAGAGAAGAAUCGGAAUAAAGAACUGGCCAAGGCGUCGGGUUGGAUGCCAGUAUCCCAGCUACAGGUGCUCCUGUUCAAUGGACGGCAAAUGGAGGACAAGCUCUCGCCGGUAUUCGCUGCUCAGAAUUGCUUCAACAAAGAGGACACCGCCAAAGCGUGCCAGCGUGUCGAAUGGCCGUCGCUGGCCGAGCUGAAGGAAGAAGGCGAUAAACGUGCUAGAUUCGGUCGAUACCUCCCCCUUCCUCGGAUGAACGUCGUCGCUCCCAAGAUCCUGGAGAGAGAGCAGCAAAGCGCCUACAAAGCAGACGGAUCCAUCUUGUAG